AUGAGCCAGGAAAUGGAGAACGCACACGAGAAGAACUGGCAUGAUCUUGAACCCAACUACCCCGUCAAGAUCUUCCUCACGGUCCUGUACAGCCUCAUGCUGGUGACGGGCAUUGUGGGUAAUUCAGUCACAAUCAGAGUAACUCAAAUUUUAAAGCUUAAUGGCUACCUGCAGAAGAACGUCACAGAUCACAUGGUUAGCUUAGCAUGCUCGGACUUGUUGGUGCUCCUCAUUGGCAUGCCUGUGGAGCUCUACAGCGCCAUCUGGUUUCCUUUCACAACAGCUUCAGGUAACGCUUCUUGUAAGAUCUACAACUUCCUGUUUGAGGCCUGCAGCUAUGCCACCAUCCUCAACGUGGCGACGCUAAGCUUCGAGCGCUACACCGCCAUCUGCUACCCGUUUCGCUUCAAAUCGUUGGGUGGAAAACGAACCACUGGACUCAUCACCUUUGCCUGGCUGGCGUCAGUGCUGGUCGCCUUACCGCUGCUCAUCGCCACAGGAACACUGACCCCCAACAUACCAGAUGCAUCUGCGCAGAACCUGACCUUCUGCACCAACCUGGAGGAGCACUGGGUCAUGUACAGGGUCAGCAUCUUCGUGGCGUUCAUCAUCUACAUGAUCGUGUUGAUUUGCGUCGGCUUUAUGUGCCGGGCUAUGAUCGUCGUUCUUCGGAGACCUUUGGGAUCCGUGGAUGACGGACUCAACAAGAUCCAAAGAGGACCCAAACACGAGAGUCAGAAGGCAAAGAUGGCGAGGAAGCAGACCAUCAUUUUUCUGGGUGAGUUUUUCUCCUUAAACUGAAAAAGACACUUUGAUCUGGAAGUUAUUCAUCAGCUCUUUGGGAUCGCAAAAUUAAAUAUUUGUUGUUCAAUCUGCAGUUUUAGGUAAUGAUUAUAAUGAUGAUCUGUUUUUGUGACUGUCCGCUGAAGGUAAAGGGUUGAAGUAUAGACUGUAUAAAGAAUGGACGCCACGAGAACAGCACCCUCUGGUGACAGGCUUCAGUAUAGGUCAUAAAUCCUGCCUCCUCCAGCAAUCCCUAUGGAGCUGUGGACAAACUUUAGAAAUUUAUUACACAGAAUAUAAAUUUUUCUCCCCCCUGGUUGUGAUGUUGACAUGUUAUUGUAAGACUGGUUUGUAGCUCCAUUUUAAAAGUAGUUAGGGGGUUCAUGUUUUCUAUGAUUGACACUUGAUACAGCCUAUGGGCGUACAAAGAUUGCUUAGUCCACCCGGGGAUAUGCUGUUUGAGCCGAGCGUCAUCACAGCGACUCCUCCGCUGAAUGCGUACAACCCCACUGCAGAAGUGGUGGUUCCAGGAAAUUCGGCUUCAAAUUCGUAUAAUGACGGAAGGUGGAGCCAAGUUGUCCAUAGUAUAUACAGUCUAAAGUUUGAAGUUAUCUUCAUCGUGGCGAUAACCAUAAAGUAAAGCAAAUUCAGCAAUGUGUAAUCUCUGUGUAGCUGUGUAGCUCAUGCUUUACCGUCUGUUUUUGCUGUUUAGAGCUCACAGUCCUGCUUGUUUGCUUGUUGAGCGUGCUAGUGUGCAUGAUUCUAAAGGAGAAAAGAUGUUAAAAGUACAUAUUUACACUAUAACUGUUUGCAGUGGAUGUGUCAUAGUGCUCACCCACAGGAAGCAAACAGCGGUGACUGAUUCCUCCUUCAUUCCUCUGAAUUGAUGGUCUGAUCUGCGGCUAAAAGCAUGCUGGGAUAAAAAAAUGACAUGAAUCAAGCAGGGUGAUGAAGAUGUCUUUAUAAGAGUAUCUGUGCCUUUACUGAGAAAGUUAGAAGGACGUCUGUGUUUGAAUACGUCUUUACAUAAGCUGUUAACAGAAGUGUUAUUUUGGUGUCAUCAUGUGUGGGUCUGUGUGGGUCUGUGUGAUGUUGUUCUGUUACCUCCCUGCUCUGGGUGAGCAGACGUGUCACACAGCCUCUCCAUCUGUUUACGGAGUCUGAGCCACAAGUGGAAAUAGGAGACAGAAGUUCAGGCUGUUUCCCAUGUUGUUGUGAUCAUCCGGAUGAUUGAUUGUAACCAAAGAUACACACACACACACACACACACACACACUGCUUUUGUGUGGUUAUGUUUGAGAGGUUGACCAUGUUGUGAAAGUCACCAUUCCUAUAGAGAAAUAAUCAAGUUCAGUCAAGAGUUUUAAAAAAUCCAACAACAUGCAACUUCCUGUCGUGUUUGUCAGGUUUAACGGGGACUCUGAAUGGUUUUCUGUCUUUCUGAGUCAGACCGGGGAUCCACGGUGUGUCCUGUCUCCCCCCUAGUGAUGGUUUGGGUUGGCGUCAGCCGUCUGAGAUCCCAAAUAGCAGAGGUAGUGUAGGUAAUGGUUGGAUGGAUUACAGGUUGGUGAGAGAGUUUCUUGUCCAAGUUGACUCACAGAAAGCUGAGUAAAAACCUCCCAACAAAAAUCAAAGAUUCUGCGUCAAAACCCUCCUGAUGAUAUUUUAGUGAAGACAGACACGCCCCACAGAGACCUGAGAGAGAAAGACCCUCCGAACAAGCAGUCAGGUGUGCAAAUGUGCCAGAGAAGUCAAUAGUUUUCCAACUUUGAUGAAUUCGAACAACAGAGCGAACAUCCCGAGGACAUCAAACCGUCCUGGUCUAGUGGACAUCAGGCAGGAGAGGACAUGAGGAGAGAGGGGAUCUGAGACGUUAUCAGCUGUUGAAAUGUCCCACAGCAGAGAGGCUGAGAUGAAACGAGACAGGAGACAGAGGAACAUGCGGCAGACGGACUCCCAGAGUCCCUCUGUCCGACAGCAGAGCGGUCACAGAGACGGAGCACAUGAAUAGCACACGACGCUGACAACAAGGAAGCAGGUGGAGAUGACUCUCUGUACAUUUUACUGUUUGAUAUGUAAUAUAAGAGGAAACUAUUUCUGAGUGAUGGGUUUAGACUGGGAAAAAGUGAUUGUAUUAGUCAUCUUUAGACGAGGAUUUAGACCUGUGAGGUGCUAAAUAUAAGACAAACCCCACAGGUAAACUAAACUUGAGUUAAUGGGAAACUUUCAUAUUUUUCAACCUGAGUCCAAAUAAAUAAAACAAAGUGACAAACAUAAAAACACAGAUGCUGUUGAGAUGAGCUGAAACAGGGACCCAAGUGUCUUCGCAUUUAUUUCGACACUUCAAAGUGUUGGCUCGCAGUUUUGUCAGAAAUCAGUUCAUGCAGCCAGUAUCUGGAGCCAAGUAAAGUUGGUGUUUUUCUCUCUUUAAGAAUCAGGAGUUGUAUUUUUCUUUUGCUAAAAGGAUACCCAACAAAAGAGCUGUUUGAAUAACCAUGAAGAGAGACCUGAGGAGUCCUCGGAGGCUCCAAAAGAGCCGAGUCUCUGCCAGGAGAAAGACUCCUCCGAUAAAUCCCAGAGAAACGGCAAAAAUAAAAGAUGUUUUUAAACUUACUUUCUUUUGGACUUUACCUGGAGAGAAAACUUCAGAACAUUUAUAACAGAUCCACUUCAGCCCCUCUGGUCUGAAUAAACACUUUUUGAUUCAGGGUGCAGGUGCAGAAAGUCGAGGAAGUUCACUCUGAGAAGUAUCAAAUCUUUUGCUCCAUGCAGCAAAUGACCUGAUGCACAGUUUAAACUUUGCACGCUGCACUUUAUUCACUCUUUAUAAGUCAUGAUUUUUUUCUGGAUAUUUUCAGGAUUGUUUUGGUAAAAAAGGACGACAGAAAAACCCGGUAAAGGGCAGAAAGAGAGAAAGACACCGACACUUAAAAUCCUUAUAUACAGCUGCAAAAAGCAAUCCAAGCUAGUCCUUUAAAUUUCAGACGGUUCAACACUAAAGGAUGUGUUUAAACUUGACAAAAUUUAUCACAUGUCCUCCUCACAGUGCGGAGGGUUUAGCACUGAGACCAUAACUAAACUCCAGACCUCAGGAAAGACAUGAAUCAGGCUCGCUGGGAGUCACUGAGACGUUUAAUCAGACUCACAGGCUCCUGCAGGAGAAACUCAUGAUGGAUACAAACGGACUUUCUUCAAACUCCUCCACCAUUUAUCUCUGAACCAAACACUGACGUUUAAACUCAUCUGACUAAACACAAAAAGCGGUUUCUGCUCCGCCUGGUACAUUAUGAACGAAGGAACGUUAACCCACCGACAGUUUUUCACUCCUUGAGUUCAGGAUUUUGUGAUGAUUCAGGCCAACUGGAAAAGUCAGUCAAAGUAAAUUCGGUUCAUAAAAUCCCUCUUUUUCAUUCUUCUCAGCUCAUAAUCAUUGUGCUGCUGUGACAUGUAUUUACUGUAACUGUAACAUGAGGAGGAUUUAAGGUGGUGAGGUGUGAGGUGGCAGUUUGAUGGUGAUGACUGAUGAGGAAGAAGAGGAAGGUGAGGAUGGUCCAGAGGUGGGAAAAUGUGGAGUCAGCAAGUCGUCUCCAAGCUCUGUAUUUGUUCUGCUCAGUUACUGAACCAGAUGCCUUCACUAAUGAGCUCACCUUCCUGGCAGCUCAUUGGAAGCAGCUGGUUUAGUGACAGAGCAGAACAAAUACAUGGCAUGGAGAUGACUCCACAUUUUCCCAUCUCUGGGAUGGUCACGCUGAUAAGAUGAUAAGCAGGAAACUCCUCCUCUUUACCAAACUUUUGAGCACUUGUGCAGAUGUAGUAUGAUGCAAAUAUAAAUUUUCAUCUAGUCUAAAAACUACGGAUGUGUAUUGCAUUCACUUACAAAAAAAGAAGGAAACUUUUUUUGAGUAUUUUCUUCUUUUUGUUUUUCUGACCAUUUUUUUCUUCAGUUUUUUGUACAAAUAUUUUAUCCUUCUCUUUCAGUUUUUAACACAAAUUUUAUUCUGUUUAUUGUACCAUUUUAAAAUAUUAUUUUUCUGUUUUUUUGUACUAAUAUUUUUUCCCCUCUUUCUGUUUUACGGAUGAAUUUUUAUUCUUUAUUUCUUUAAUUAUUUGUCGUUUUUCUGUUUUUCAGACAUUUUUUUUUCCUGAAUAAGUGAGAUACUUGAAAAUCCGGCAAGAAUCUCAUACAAUCAGAGAACGUUAACCACCACGGCUGCUCCAAAUCAGCGGAUUCUCCAGCUCCAAGAUAACUUUGAUUCUGGGGUCAAUGAGAGUAAAACAUGUUAUGAGUUAGAGUUUGCAAAUCCUGAGGUGUCUGCGCAAAGUAGACAAACUUAUGACGAUUCCAUCCGUCUGACUUAAAGAAAGGAGGAUCUCUCAGUGUCUCAAACCCAAAAGAAAGUAAAACUGGAUUAAACCAAACAAGUUGGCUGUGUUUUCCUCCAAUAAAUCGAGCAGAGGGAGAUGAAAGCGUCUGUUUUUAAAUGAUCGUGAUCCCAGAGAAUAGGAAAAACAAUUAGUCUGAAAAACAAAACAAACAAAAAAACAGUUUGAAAAACAGAAGAAAAUUAGUCCGAAGAACAGAACAGAAAAAAAUUACUCAAAAAAUCAGAGCUUUUUUUUGGUGAAUGCCAUACGCUUCAGUAAAAACUGUAUCUGUCUCUAUAAACUCAUGCAUGACCUUCCAACGCUGUGAAUGCUCACAAAUCUCUAAAACAGUAACUGCAUUUAUAUUUGGAGGAAAAGAGGUACUGAGAGACGAGACAGAAGAAUAAAACUUUCCUCUCUGUGAACAUCUGUGCAGUUUCUCUUCAGUCUGUCGUGUGAACCUCUUUAAUGUGUAAAUAUUCACUGAAAUAUAAAAGCGCACCAUGCAUUUCUAAACCCAGUCUGCAGAAAUAAUGCGCUGAUAUUACAUCACUGCAUGGAGAAAAUAUUUUUUUCCGUCCACAGAGGAGAAAAAAUGACCCAGAUCUGCAAAAACACUGAUGCUGCCGUCAUACAAAAUAUUAUUUUUCAGGAUUACAUCUUCGGCUGUGCUAAACUGCUGUUUUCGUCUCGGUUCAUUUGGAGAUUUUUACCCUCGAUCCAAGAUAAAAAAAUAACAGGAGCAGUUGUUGAGAGGCGAAUUAAAGUUGCAGUAAAACUUAAAAUGAGUAAAGAUGAUAUUUUAAAGGCAGCUUGUUGAGAAACUGAUGUUCAAAUCUAAAACUCUGACCCGACAGUCCUCAGCCGGCUUUUUCUGUCUCUGCUCAGUGUGUGAGGAUGAGUCUUUUCCACACAGUCUGUGUUUUAUCUCAUUUUAAACUGUGUGGGAUGUCCACAGGACACACUCCAUCUUCUUCGCACUUUUCACACACACUUUAUUGCUCUUCUUGUAAACGACAGACCAGAAUAUUGAUGUGUGUAUAAAUAUUGAUGAGCAGACACAGAGUGGGCUGUGAAUUUCUGAUGGUUUUAAUACAAAUCAUGAUGCUGGGAUGGUUGAACCUCUUAUUUUAACCAAAUUUUUAAAAGGUAGAGCAGAAAUUAAAAAAGCUUUUGAAUAAUGACACAUCAGUGUGACCGACCGGCUGCAUCACCUGCAUUUAAAUCCUGUAGAAGUGAAGAUAAGCAGCAGUCCUUGGGCAGAGCUUUAUCUUGGUUUUCAUGCCGGCACAUUUUAAGACACAGGCUUAUCAUCUUUUUAUAAAAUCAAGUAGGUUUUGAUUUUAUUAUCGGGAUCUUUAAUCUUCUUUUUUGUGUUCUUAAUGCCUGAUGUUAUUCAAAGUACUCUGAGGCAGUAACCUCCUCAUUGUCGUGCACUUUGAGCUGCAUUUCUCCUCCAAAAGGUGAGAUACAAAAAGUCACAAAAAGUUUGUUUUGACUUUUGUUAUUAUCUCCUCUUUUAAAAUUCAUGACGGCUCAGGCCUCAUGAAUAACUCAAGCAGCGGUCCCUCUAAUAACUGGACUUCCCCGUCUUCAAAAUGGAAUAUUACAUUACUGAAUCUAACCGUGGGGGUCACGGCGGCGCCUGCUGGCAUCAACAGUUUCCCUCUCAUCCUCAGUCUGUCUCUGCUGCCACAUUAUCAGAGUUUGAAUUAAAUAUGAGUUAAAUUGUUAUCGAGUGUGAGUGUGUUCAGUUCCUCUCUGGUGCGCUGUUAAAAACAUGCCUCCUGUUGUUCACUCUGAUGUCGGUUAUCGUCUCUCAGGUGGCAGCAGCGCUCCUGUCACCGCUGCACUUUACCUUCAAAUAACUUUUAAUCCUGCCCGGGCGCUGAGACUUCAGAGAGUUAUUAAAAGCAGAGAGCAUCCCUGUGAAGUCUUUGCUGUUCAAAGUCACAUUUAGGGAUGAAUAUUUAUGGUUUCCUGCUCCGUUUUUUGGCCUCUGACCGCCGGCUUUUUUUUGCAGACUGUGUAUGAGGCUGAACGGACGUGAGAGGGAGUGAAUGGACAUUAGACAAAUAAGAGAGCAAUAAGUUAAAGGGACAUUUUAGUAUUUUUGUUGCCACAAUGGAUACCGAUCAGCUCUGUCACUUAAUGAGAAACUGCAGAGGGAACCGUCAUGCAAGCUAGGCUACAGUUUUCUGCAUACGAGGUUGAGAGGGACCCCCACCCAAACACUCAUCCUGCUUUAAAGUCCCAUUCUGAUCUUUUUUCCUCACUACUUAGUGUUUUCAGUGGUCUUUUAAUUGUGAUUAUGAAGUUUUUAGCCCAAAUCCUGUUACCUGUGUCAUUUUCAAGGACUUUUCUGGUGCUUCUGCAGAGCUCCAGUAGCUCAUUAGCUAUUCACCUCUGAGUCGUGGGUGGAGACAGUGCUGCUCUUCACACUCGUCUUCACGCUAGCUUGUAGCCCAACAAUGUAGUAGCAGUUGUAGGUAACAUAGGAAUUAUUCAGCUCUCAGACACUAAUAUCUUUGGGGACAUGAUGAAAGUUAAAAUUAUAAUUAGCUUUUUUAGGAGCAUUGCAAUACGCUAACACACAGGCUUGUUCUACGAUUGUCCUCCCUACUUUUCCGAGUCUGGCCUGCAUAGUGGGGCUCUGGGGGCGGAGCUUGGUUUUGUGAUGUAGGAAAUCUCACUGUUUCUGAACCUGCCAAUUGCGUCUGUGAGAAUUUCACAGCGAUGUGAAUGCAGAAAUAUUCAGAAAUACCUAGUUUUCUUAUGAUAUGUCCUGUAGCAUCAGAAAAAUCCCAGAUGAACAUGUAGACAACAUGAGAAACAUGAUUUUCAUCAGAGUGGGUCUUUAAGUAGGUUCUACUGAGAAGUUUUUUAGCAUUUUGCAGUCAGAAACAUACUAGUUUUUGGGCUUUUUGCAGAUGCGCGAGUUAUAAAUGCACUUCACAUGUGUGCAGCCAGUUAUCUUAUAUUUUGCAUUUCUAUUUUGCAAAAUCUUAAACCCCAGGAUUAGCAAGCAGACACAGUACUGGCUUUAGAGUUUAGGUAUUUAUGCUCAGUCUUCACUUGCUCUUUUUUGGAAAGUGUCUUGGGAUAAUGACUGUUGUGAUUUGGUGCUAUAUAAAUACAGUUUAAUUUGAUUUGAUUUGAUUUGACUUUAGAGGUUAAUAGAGUCUAUUUUGAAAGGGAAAUUUGCCCCCUGGACCCUGUGUUGGGUUAUUAUGCUGUAAAAAGACAAGAGCCGAACACUGAUUUUUCUGAUUUGAUUCCUGAAUGAUGGAGAAAGUUUGUAAAAAAAAAGUGGUGUUCAGUACAUGCUGGACUCUGGUUGGUGAUUGUUGCAGACUGCAGCCUCCUGUGAACCCCUGGUGUGUUUCUGAUUCACAAAAAUCCAAAUGUACAGUGAGUACCAAGUCUCAUUUAAGACAGCAGGUGCGGCAUUAACUUAACUACAGCCUUUUUUAUGUAUAUACAAACCAGCCCAUCCUGAUCAAACAGGUUUUAUCACUUAAUCAUCACCAAACUGUUCUGCAGACCAAGUCAAAUGUCUCUCACAACGAGAAGUUUCAUAACAAUCAUUAUAUUGAAAUUCUGACUGAAUGUGGAAUUUUUAUUAUUGCCAACCUUGACUGAGGCGCCCUGCAACUUAAAAAAAAAGCUGCUGGAGGGGUGACUACAUUUUCAUAUUUUGGAGCUGCUGUUUUAAUGAGUCAGGAGUGGGGAUGUGUUGACAAUGCACAAAGUUUAGAGUGAAAAAAAAACAGUGAAAACAACGGCAGAAGUUUAUUCAACAUGUCAAAAUGAACUCUGGAAAGUUUAUACAGGAAGCAAACAAGGAGCUGAGGUUAUGAUGGGGUCAUUUUCCUGUAUGGUUCCUCUGUAUCACAUAUUAUCAGUGGAUCAUGGAGCUCCUAAAGUUCGUAAAGUCCUUCAGUGAGAAGCAUAUCGAGAGACAUCCCAUGAGAGGAACUCAGUGAACCGGCUCUUGGGGUCACAGUCCGCGGACUCUUCUCUAAUAAUCACCAGAAUAAAUGAGGCUGAAGCUUUACAGUAAAAAUAAACAGAGGCAUGACUCACCGAGGUCACUUCUCCUCUGAUAUUUUCUUCCCGUCUCCUUAGAGACCAAAUCUGCUCCAUUGUUGCUUCCAGCUUUUCUGCCCUUCCCUUCUUGUGAACCUCUGUUGCGUCAUGCUGUGUUUGGUCAUGCUCACCUCAGUUGCUUGUUGAAAACACCUGAAGGCCCGGGGUGCUGAAGGCUUUUGUUGAGCUGCUGCUGCUGACCCAGUGUCUUUGCUGCUUGUUGUAGCUGCAGAGUCUUUUGUAUUUCGCUGGUUUAUUUGUGUUUGACCCUCACCUGAGUGCAACAAGCCAACCAGACAACUCUGUCCAUGAAAGAGACGUACUUCAGCAGGAUUUGGUGCUUUUGAUUCUGUCGGUGUAUCUGAUGAGUGUGAGGGGAGGCUGUGAUUGGAUAGAGGUGCUAAUAGGCUUCUGUGUGUGUGGGAUCUGAUCAUGGAUCAGUGAAGCUGGUAGGAAUCUUGUUGUCAUUACAAGACUGUUGAAACUACAAGAGAGUAUAAGGGUCACAAGAAGAGAAAAAAAUAAUACAGGAGGGAGAUUUUUUAAUUUCUUUUUCAAUAUUCAAGUCGUAAUUUCAAGAUGAAAGUUGAAAUUUUAAAAAGUCGAAAUUUCUAGGUUUUUUUUAUGUCGACUUUAUUUUUGAAAUUUCAACUUUAAUCUCAAAAUUUUAUUUUUUUAUUCUGGAAAUCUCAACAUUAUUCACAAUAUUUUAUAAUCUCCAAAUUUCGAUUUAAAUCUCAAUUUUUUUUUUUUUAAUCAGGAAAUUUCAAUAUUAUUCACAAUAUUUCGUAAUCUAAUAAUUUAAACUUCAAUCGCGAAAUUGUAAGAUUUUUAAUCUGGAAAUUUUGACCUUAUUCAUGACAUUCCAUAAUCUUGAAAUUUUGACUUUAAUCUCGAAAAUUUAAGAUGCUGGAGGGGUGACUACUUAAAACUUAAUCUGGAAAUUUUGUCAUUAUUCAUGACAUUUUGUAAACUCAAAAUAUGACUUUAAUCUCGAAAUUUUAAGUUUUAAAUUCUGCGAAUCUCGACUUUAACCUUGAAAUUUUAAUUUUUAUUAACCUGGAAAUUUCAACAUUAUUUAUAACAUUUCAUAACCUUGAAAUUUUGACUUUAAUCUCAAAAUUAAUUUUUUAACAUGGAAAUUUCAACAUUAUUCAUGACACUCGUAACCUGGAAAUUUUUAUUUACAUAAUUUCAGUUUUUUUAAUAUCUUAACUCUCCAUCCUGUAAUUAUUUUUUCUCUCUUCAUGUGGCCCUAAUCCUUGUAUGAAACAGAGGGACAAAUUUUUGGCUGUUAAAAAAAAUCCUAAUUAAAUGAAAUCAUCUUCACAUCAGUAAAUCCUGAAGAUGGGAAAAAGGCAGAGAGAUGACUGUCACAGCUAUUUCUAUCAAACCAUCUAAAUGAACAGAAGCAGCAGCAGCAGCAGCAGUGAGGAGAGGAGAGGAGACCUCUCUGUGGAGUCUUUUCUUCAGGAGGGUUCAUCACUCUCUCUGCCUCCCUGCCUCACCUGUCCCCGCCAUCCCCCCCGUCCUGAAGAACGAGUCCAUAGCUCAUGAAGUGCAGCGACAGCCCAAUCACCUCCCAUGAACCCUCUCCUUCAGAUCGAUGGAGCUUAUUUAUCGUGUUGGAUUCAGACCCUGCCUCCCCUCUGGCCUGUUUAUGCUGCCCCGGUGGAUCCCUUCACUCCCUCUCACUAUCUGAUAUAAAAUGAACCGGUGGGAGGAUUUGUUGAACCUCUUUGGGCAGGUCAGUGAAUGCGCCUCGCCGGCUCCCCUCUGCUCUGAUUGACAGCUGCAGAGUUCAGUAAUAAGCUCCAGAGCCCUGUGGCCCCUCGGCGGCCAACAUCGCUAAAGGCGGUGUUCCUGGGAGUGACAGGCAGCACUCAGAGAGCCGUCUGGGAGAGCGUCCUGCAGAUGGCUGAGGGGCCGACUGUGUGGCUCCUCGGCGUGUCAGUGCUCAGAGGGGAAAUCACAGAUUAUAUACAGCGUGGGUGUGUUUACUUAUCUGCUUUACAACACCACACUCUGCGGCAUGCCAGCAUUCGACACAGACUCCAGGGAGUGAGUGCUGUUUGGGUGAUGGGAGCUGAUCUGCUCCAAAUCUUUCUCUGGUACUUUCCCCCGGCUCGUCACUUAGUUUUUCCGUUUUUUGGCCAGAUCUGAAAAAUAUAAGAGUUUGAAAUGUUGGUGCUGUUGUUACAAAAUAGAAAAAUUGAACAAGAAAGGUGCAAUUUCCUGCAGAAUCAGCACUGUCAUGUUAUUAUGUGAUUGUACUUAUGCGUGUUUUUGAGUGUGAAGUGCGAGUGGUGAACUUACAGGGUCAGAACCUUCACCAAAUAUGUGUUAGCUGCCAUGAGUCACAGGUUUAAAGCUCUGAACCCUCUCCUCGAUCACAGCCCUCUUCAAGUUGCACAAUUGCUGCCUUCCUUUAAUGAGCAACCUUUUGUUGUGUUGUAUUGGAUGUUGCUGAGAGUGAGGCUGGAGGCGCCACACAGAGCAGGUGCAGAUGGAGGAGUUUUUUAAUGUCCUGUGGGAUGCAGCGCUCCGAGGAACUUCAGCUCAAUCAAAACAAACCGAAAUGUUUUAUCACAUUCAGCCGGAAAAAGUCAUUAAAAAGCAGGAGAUGAAAAGAGGGAGUGUGCCCCGCAGAAAUGCUGAUGAAUCACAGUAACAUGUUCUUCCUCUUAAAAGACAUUUGUUCAAAUGUUCAAAUGUUUUUGUUUUUAUUAUUUAUUAGUUAGUGUUGCUGCUUUUACUACAUAAUGUGCAAAUGCAGUCAUCAAACCAGAACUCUGCAAGGUUUAUUUACAUAUUUAUAUACUAUUAUUUCCUUUAAAGCAUGUUUAUAACCGAAUACAGCAGCAUGGUUUACGCAUUUAGAGCGCCAUCUUCAGGGUAAAACAAUAUAACAUGCUAUUUAAGUUGAAUAAGAAUACAUCUUAUACACCUGGGCUGUGACCUAAUAACAGCUGCUCUGGUCGCUAACGCCAUAUAAUGAAUAACUGAUGUGUUACUUAUUUGGUGUGUUAUGCUGCAUUCAAGUUACCUCGGAAGUUGGAGCUGGGAAUGACGUUACACCCGAGUUGACGGCGUUCCAGUUAACAAGUUGGAAAACCAAGAUGGACGCCUACUGUUAGCCGCUGUUAGCUUUUGUUAGCUGUUGUUAGUUGUUGUUAGCUGUUGUUAGCCGUUGUUAGCUGUUGUUAGCCAUUGUUGGCUGUUGUUAGUUUUUGUUAGCUGUUGUUAGCCGUUAUCAGUUGUUGUUGUUAGUUGUUGUUAGCCAUUAGCCAUUGUCAGUUGUUGUAAGUUUUUUUUAACCGUUGUUAGCCGUUGUCAGUUGUUGUCAGUUGUUGUUAGCCGUUGUUAGCUGUUGUUAGCCAUUGUUAGCUGUUGUUAGUUUUCGUUAGCCGUUGUUAGCCGUUAUCAGUUGUUGUUAGUUGUUGUUAGCCAUUAGCCAUUGUCAGUUGUUGUAAGUUUUUUUUAACCGUUGUUGGCCGUUGUCAGUUGUUGUCAGUUGUUGUUAGCCAUUGUUAGCUGUUGUUAGCCAUUGUUAGCUGUUGUUAGUUUUUGUUAGCCGUUGUUAGCCGUUAUCAGUUGUUGUUAGUCGUUGUUAGCCAUUAGCCAUUGUCAGUUGUUGUAAGUUUUUUUAACCGUUGUUAGCCGUUGUCAGUUGUUGUCAGUUGUUGUUAGCCGUUGUUAGCUAUACUAGUUGUAAACAACACAACACACUAUUUCACUCUUACAAACACCAUAGCACCAUGUUCACAGUUAGACGUUGUUAAGUACGACAAAAAACACUAAUUUAAUGUCACAAAAACAAAACAGAAGCGCUAAUAAAUAAGACAUUACGAGAGCUUUCAUUGUUACUCUUUACUGUUGACAUUGUUGUCAAGUCGGAGUUGGCGAGGAUCAUCCGACUUUCCAAGUUGGAAAUCCGACUGUAGGGGGGUGCCCAGAUUAAUUUCCAAUUGGAGCUCAGAGAUUGUGACUUCCGAGUACAACUGGAACGCAGCAUUAGUUCACUUAAUGAAGUAAUUUUUGGCUCCACCUUUGUCUUGUUUUUCUUCGAUUUGAUUGAUAAAAAUAAAAAUAAUAUCAAUAUUGUGACAUGUUACAGCCAGAGGGUGAAAAUCUGAGAUGAAGAAAACCUUAUAAAUAAACAGAAUAAGUGAAAGCUAAAGUAUGCUCUUAGAUUAUAAAUGAAUAUUUGUAUUUGACAGGUAACAAAACAAACCAAUAAACUGAAUAAAUCAUUUUAAGAAAAGCCUUCAGUAACCUUGAGGUGAUGUAUUGACAUUUUUUUGGUCUUUGUGGAUCAAUAAUGAGUGAAAAGGCUGAGCUGAGACAACAAAAGCCCCUCUGUUUAAUCAAACCUCCUCCCCUUAAUUGUUUUUAAUCCUUUCUUACUCUCGGUUUAUAUCCUGUGAAGGAAACAUUUAUGGGGCAGCUCAGUAGUUGAAUCACAUGCCUCAUAUACUGAGGCUGGAGACCUUGACGCAGGUGGUUCAAGUUUAAAUGCAACCUGUGGCUCUUUGUUGCGUGCCAUCCUCCGUCCUCUAUCCUCCCUCUCUAAUUUCCUCCUCUAUCCUCAGUCCUGUCCUCCAAAUAAAAGCAUGAAAAUAAUUAAAAAGAGGAGUCCAUUCCAGCACUACAGCUUAUUCCAGAAAUAGGAAAGUCCUCAUUGUUUGGGUUUCACAGAUUAGGCUCAGACAUCACAUCCAUCUUUCUUUUCUCCUCUCUCUCUCUCCCAGUAAAUGAAGUUUUGUUGUGGUACCUUCAGUAAACAGGAGUAAAACCAUCAUGUGUCUCAGUCUGGAGUCCUCUCCAUCUUCACACUGAUUGAUUCGGCCUCAUCUGUGAAUGUGCUAAAUAAAGAGAAGUGAUGUUAUGAGGACACUUCAAGCCGCCGCGUCUCAUAUGAAAUUUGUUCAGAGUAAUCACGGUCGGUGAAGUGUUGUUCACAGAUGAAGCUCUUCAUGAUGGUUUUUGUCUUCGGUUUAUCUUGAGAGCACUUUUUGGAUUUCUCUGUUUUCUGUAUUUGAAGCACUUGAAAACAGAAGAAGUAAAAAUAAAACAACUCUUUCAACAUCCAAAAAAUACUAAGGAGGAUUAAGGACACAAGAAGAGGAAAUAAUUACAGGAGGGAGAUUUUUUAAAUUUCCAUUACAAAAUAAAGUUGAAAUUUAAAGAUUAAAGACAAAAUUUAAUUAAGUCGAAAUUUUGACCUUAUUCAUGUUGACUUUAAUCUUGAAAUUUUGUCUUAAAUAUCAAAAUUUUAAUUGUUAAAAUCAAAAUUGCAACAUUAUCCACUACAUUUUGACAUUUUCUAAUCUCUAAAUUUCGACUUUAAUCUCGAGAUUUUUUAAUCUUUAAAUUUCAACUUUAUUGACAUUAUUUUCAUUUUUUUAAUCUUGAAUUUUCAACUUAAAUAUCAAAAAUUUGAAUUUUUUAAAAUUGAAAUUUAGACAUUAUUCACAAUGUUUGGGGAAUUUGUAAUCUUGUAAUUUUGACAUUAUUUAUGACAUUUUGACAUUUUGUAAUCCCAAAAUUUCGACUUAAUUGGACAGGAGGUCUGUUGCGGUUUUGUGAAAACAUAUUCCUUGUGUGCUUGUCUGUGAGGAAAGAGGUACUGCACAUUUGUUCCCCUCAUCUUUAACAAUUACACAACCUUUGAAUUAACCUUCACAGGCGCUGAUAAAGAGAAUAAAAGUGCACUAAACUCCUGCUGAUAUGAGGGUACAUUCACAAUACGACAUUUAUGACUAUCGGUAUAAAGUCUCGGCAAACACAAUGUGGACAUGACCCUAAAUAAAAGUCCAUCACAAGUGCAAAGUUCAAGUUUAGUAUUAUUAUCAUAACCAUAUAAUUUACAACACCGUUGAUAAGUACUCUUUAAUCCGACACUCAGCAGCAUUAGCAGGGCUCAGAAAAACACUCGUUUGUCCUCUUAACGAAUAAUUAUCUCUGCACCACUUUGCUGAUUGUUAAAUCUAACGCCAGAGUCAGCACCAUAUUUAAGUUUUAUGCACCGCAGAUGUUGUAGACAGAACAUGCAAGCUGGAGACAUAACCACACAAUCUGCAAACAAAAGAUUUAUUAUUAUCACUAUUAUUAUGAGGCUAUAAAACCAACACCAGCAGAUGUUAACGAGCGUUAAGCUGCAGCAAUGGCUGCUACAUGACUGGGCUGAACAUCCCGUCUGAUUAUGACCCCAUUAAUGAUCUGGAAGAGUGAACUUAAUGACACGGGCUGAAAGUCAAACAAUAACAAACUGAUUAAAAAUUUACAUCUCCUCCACUGUGAGUUAUAUUAAUGUUAGUUUUGGCUUCACUAACUUACUUUAGGUAUUCAGGAGCUCGAACGUUAGAUGGUGAGCGUCUUUAUCCAAAGUUUGAACCAGAUCAAACUAACUCAGAGUUCACCGACUCUCUGUAUGGUUGGAUUUUCCUUUACACUUCCUGUCACCUUGUCAGUGUCAAGCGAUUAAGUUAAGAGUUAAUGAAAACUUUAACAUAAUGUUCAUAGAAAUAUGACAAAUCCCACUGAGAGGUGUGAAAGAAAAGAACGAUUAAAGCUUUGUACCUUUAUCUCUAAAUGUAAGAAUAAGUGAGAAAACACCUUUUCCUCUUUUAGAAUCAAUUAAUUGAUCAAAAAAAUUAAAACUUAAUCCAUUUAGCUUUUGUUUCAUGUCUUCUGGGCACAAUUUUUUAUCGUUUAAAAGCUCAUUUUUUCAGCGCCUUCAUGUCUAAAUCUUUAAUCUCAACAACUGUUUAUUUAAUCCAUUUAUAAUCCCAUAAUCCUCAUUAGUUUUCAGUGUUAUUAAGACUUAAAUAAUCCUCUCUGUGUUCAUCGUUAGUGUCCUAAAGCAACAGGUGCUGUGCCGCUCAUUAACAGACACGGUCUAUCUUAUUCUGCCCUGUCAGUUAUUUUGGUCGACUGUUCGGUAUUUUGUCCGUCUCCCCAGUUCACUUGAUUUCUACACAUUUUAUUGUUAUUAUCAUUAGUCAGAAAACAGUAUUUUCACACGUGCAGGAUUAAAUCAGCAAAGGUGUGAAUGUGACCACAGGGGGGCGCCAACAUCAACUCAAAGAAAAAGUUCCUCUCAGGAGUUUUAAAGUCAUAAAAAGUGCGGCAGUGAAAAAUCAUAACAGCGGAUAUCUUCAUGUUUUGGAGCUGUGAAGAAGUUGUGUGUGAUUUUGAUUUAUGCUCAGACUCGUCUCCUCAUUUACUAACCCUUCACUGAGGUGAUUUGAUGAAUCAUCGAAAUCAGUAAUCAGACUGUCAUAAAACAGUUUUGGUCUCUGAUGAAAGACGGUCUUCAGUCUGAAAGUUUCUAGAGGAAAAUGUUUCUUUUUGAUGAUUCAGUUUGAGUCUUCAAAGCUGUUUCCAAUCAUAGAAAUGAAUAAAUCAAUGAUGUGGUGAAGCCCUCAAUUUAAAAGGGUCCUCUUUGAGUCAUGAGAGAAAUUCUGUGUUCAUAAAAGUCCUGCUGAACAUUCAUGCAGCGUACGGCGGUGCAGGUGUGACGAUUUUUUCAGGAGACGGCGGUCUGGUUUUUAAAAGUGAGGGAUUUAACCCGGCAUGUUCAGAGUUGUUAGGGGGAUUAUUUUAGAGUCUCUACUUGUUCAUGAAUAUUUAGUACAACACACAGCAUUUGGUGAAAUCAACAGCUUUGGACCCCGAGGACUUAUUCUGAUUUUUUGGAUGCUUCAAUGGUCAGCCUUCCCGGUGUGGAUCUGUGGAUAUCAUGUGCAGUUCUGUUCGGUUUAAUUGCAUGUUGACAGGAAAACUUUGCUGCUUUUCAUCAUUAAACUGUGGAGCAUCAGAAAGUCAUUUAUCAAGCUUAAAGUUUUAAGAGAGGCACUCAGUUACUAUAUUUGCAUGUGCAAAAUUUCUUGAGAGAUCAGAUAAUCUGAAUCCAAUGUUUAUAUGGGCACAAAAUUAAAUAAUCCGAUCAUGAUGUGCGUAUUCAUACACAAAGUUUUAUUCAGAUUAUAAGCAUUUGGACAUGCGCAGAGUUUUCUAAUUUCUUUCUCCUAAAACAACCGCAGAAGAGGAGUUGUAUUUACGUCUGUGCUGUCAACAAACCAACAAACGCGGUAGUGGCUCACUCCAUCCAGUUCAGGUUUUUUCCGCCUGUUAAAUGUUGUCACUAGAUGGCGCCCUUGUGUACUUGUUUUACUGUUCUGUCAAAGGUUGUACUGUGCGUAUAGAUGUGACAUUAUUACGCUGUUUGUAUGCCUUGUUAUGCUAACGGAGGAGCAGACACGACACCUGCGGUUGUGUUUUAUGCCAGAGUGUUAAUAAUGAAACCUCCUGAACUGACCUCAAUAAAUAAACCAAAAGGUUAAAGAGUGAAGAUCGAGUCAGGUUAGAGAGUCAGGAUCAGAAUAAAAGUUUACAUGGACGUGUUUCGGAGUAACGAUCGGUAUAAACCACCCCACUGGAUCGGAAUACAAUUUCUUUCCAAUCGACAUGUUUACAUGACGCAUUUUUAUUCCGAUCGGGCAUUUAUUCUGAUUAUAUGUGCCCAUGUAAACACAGCUAGUAUGCGCCUUAGACGGCUGUUUCUAACUCAUUUUCGAGUGUUUUCUACGGUGUCACUGAAUAUACAUUAUCGCCACCUACAGGUCUGGCAUGCUUCUGUGAACAUUUCCAUUUCUGUGUCGUCAUGUGGACAGAGAAAUAUCAAAAAUCAGCUCUCGAUCACUGUGUCUCUCCAUCUUUCAUCCCUCCUGUCACUGUAGUUGUGAGCAAUGAUCGACCUUUGUAGAAUCUUAGCUGUCAAGUUUUGACCCAGACUAUGAGACUGUGGAGGAAAAACUAAACAAUACUGUAUGUCAAUAACUCAAUAAAAUGGGGUUAAAAUCCGUUGCAGUCAAGUUUUACAAGAUAUUAAAAUUAAUGUUUCCUGCAGGUGUAAAAAAAAAAACUAAAAAUCUGAACUGCUGGCUUCUUCAGGUGAGCGGUGCUCUGCAAGAAUAAAAUGAUGUCUUUUUGUGGAGCAGUUGCAGUAACUUGGCUCUGAUACACUCUGUGACCUUGCUGUGAAGCAGCUACUUUGUCUCGAGAUGAAGUCUGCUUUUAGCCUAAAUCUGCCGCCUCUGAUUUCUCAUUCAGUGAAAGAAAUUGUGUUUUCUUUAAAUUGAAGUAUUUAAAUCAGGAGAGACUCUGUCUUACGUUGAAGUUUAGAAAUGAAGACCCCCCUCAGUUAAGGUCUAGACUCUGGUGAUCGUGGUGGUAAAGAAAGGAUGCAGGAUGAGCUGAGGAGCUCACGCUGGGUACUCAUGAGAUGGAUUGGAGGUGAUGGGUGAGAUUGGAGGUGACGGGUGAGGAGGAGGUCUGCGAUGAUCAAACUGACAGCUGAGGGGAGGGGAGCAGCAGGAAGAUGAUUGGUUAAUGAAGGCUGAGGUUGAAUCUGGUUGGUGUAGAGCUAAAAUAAGGAAACAAUAAAAAUAAAAAAUAAAAACAGAUCUAAAGUUUGAUCUCAUUAACUCUUCAGGAUUAUAACUUUAAGAGGAGAAGAUUAACCUUUGGCAGAGUAAAGAUCUGGUUUUAUCUCCUUUCACAGCUGCAGGUCACAUUAAUGACGGCGUCUUCAUCCUGUUUGCUUUCUUGGUAAAUUAUGUUAACUUUACUCUGUGUGCAGUUACCAGAACGGAGAGCUUAGAUCACACUCCAAUUACAGCAAAGACACACUAUUAAUUGUUCCAAUAAUCUGGUUUAAUCGCCCUCUAAUUAGCAGAGAGUUACAUUUUCGCCCAUGGCAGGGAAACAGUGGCUCUAUAUGUGUGUGUGUGUGUGUGUGUGUGUGUGUGUGUGUGUGUGUGUGUGUGUGCAUGUGUGCAUGUGUGCUGAUGAAACCGUCAGCACAGAUUGCGGUUUUAAAGAGCGUUCAGCAUGACGAGGGUUGAAAUACUAUAAAAUAAUAAUUAAUCAACAAAAAGUGAGCCCUUCACACACACCAAACUCACACACACUCAGACACACACACACACACUUUCUAAAGUUGCACAUAUUCCUCUUUUCUCGAUGUGUGCUGACUCAGUGGUAAUUUUCCAGAUGAGCAGCCGGACUGUGAUUAAUGAAGCGAGGUUAUGAGAAAGGUAGAAACUAAAAAAAAACCUCUCAGAGACAGAUAAUGACAUUUUAACACAUGAUCUGUUGCCUUUAUUGGUGUUAAAACCACAAAUAAUUGAGACGGUCUUGUUGGCUAAUCAGGAAAGGCUGCAUCAUCCCUCUAAGUGACAUCUCAGCUGAUUAAGAAAUGGUUGAACUUUAGUUUUAAAAAGCCAAUAUUAAUUUUAAAAUGCAUCAUCUCCUUAACUUCCACAUAGUCUACAAAUUAGGGCAUAGAUGUCAGCUUAAGAAACAGUCGUUAUUUUAACUUCUGCAUAAAAUAUUUACAAAAAUAAUAGAAAUGACUAUCAAAGUCAGCAGGAUGAGUUUUUAAAUGUUUUGGUAACAAUUUAUAUAACGCCUAUCUCUAUAACUCAUUAUAAAUGUAUUUAUGUGUUAUAAUCAUGUUAUAGCACUGUAUAACUAUAGUUGUAAACACUCAUAAAUAUGACCUACAAGGUCAGGUAUUAUAAUGUGUUAUAACUGUUAACAUCACAUUAUCUAUGUGGGCAUUGUCAGUGAGUUGUUAAUUAUAACACAUUAUAAUACCUGACCUUGUAAGUCAUGAUAAAAUGCUUUAUAAUGUGUAAUUAUUAUCAUUUAUGGGUGUUUAUAACUAUAGUUAUACAGUGCUAUAACGUGAUUAUAACGCAUUAUACAUAUAUUUAUAAUGGAUUAUAGAGAUAGUUGUCAAAAGAAGUGUUACCAGCACAUGCAAUGGACAAAAUAAGUGUGACUAAUGUGUUUCUAUGCAUUUUAAAAGUCCAGUUUUAGCUAGUCUUUUGAUAUGGAAGUGAUUUUUAUUGGUCAAACAGCAGCAGCCUGAGAAACAACAUGGAUUAACAAAUUUAGACACACCAGUGUUAUUAUCAUGGUGCGUCUGUUUGGCUUUCUAACCAGUUAAUAAAAAUGAGUUUCUCAAAAAUUCAGAUAUAUUAGUGAAUUAUUAAUAUUCAUAUAGACACGGGACACCUGAGCUUGAAACCAGGACAGUCCUGAUCAAAUCAGAUCAUCUGGAUAGAGGUGGAUGUUUGCCUUGAAUUAAAGAAAGAGAGAAACAGUGGAGGGAUUCUGAUGACUGGGAACACCAGACCAGAGUGAAUACCAAGCAGUACAUCACAGUGUCAUCAGCAUAAAAAUGAACAAUUACAUCGAGGAGACUUUGGUUAAUGUACGAUCAGAUGUUAUUUUUUACAGACACAGGUUUUUUAAUGACCAUGCUGACAUGUUUCAACGUGCUGGCAGCAGUCUUCAUUAGAGUGUCACGGGAUGGUUGUGUGACGCGUCUUAAAACAGCUGAUGUUUCCGGUCACACCUCUUCAGCUGCCCGCUCGCCCCCUGUAAUAUGGCACUCCAGGUGUGGGAUAGCAUAUAUGCCCCCCUCAUCCCGGUUGAUGGUCCUGUUUAUUUUCUUCGGUUGUAAAAGAACAUCUGAUCGUAAUUUAUUAAAAAAAGACACAAUGAACCUAAUCCAAGAAUUUGGUUGAUGAAAUUAGUGUGAGGACUAUAAAUGAGUGGUCUAAGGACGUAACCCUGAGGCACUCCUUAGCUGACUGUCACACCAAGUUCUUUGUUUAGACAGUCCUAAACUUCACUGUCUCUGUUCGGUAUCAAAUGACUUCAAUAGAUUAAUAAAAAUAGACACAGAGUGCUGAAUACAGUCAAUAAACUCAAUAAGACAGAAAACAGACAAGACAAAAAGAGGAAGAUGAACACUGACUGAUAAUAUAUUCAUAUGUGUGGUCAGUGUGGCUAAAUAAAAUAUGACAAAGUUUCAGACGCUCAUGCAGUCUCAUUAAAAUCUCUCUAAAUCGAGGUCAGGAGUGGACUGAGAGGACACAAACCAGCCAUGUGCAAACUGUGGAGCGUAUUAGCAGAUGAAUUGGUAAUUAUUCAAAUGACAGUGGAAAUAAUGAGGGGAUGUGUCGAACAGUCACUCAGCGGGAAAUUAAUCAGCGACGUGUUUGAUAAGCAGUUAUUAUUCAAGAACAAAAUAUUUCACUGUUCGCUUCUUUUUCUUGAAUUUUACCCUCGUUGAAACAUCCGUAGUUUUUAGUGUCUUUGUGUGGAAGCAGCCAUCCUCCUUUGUUCCAAGUCGUCUCAUGAUAAUUUAAUGUUCACAUAUGAAAAUGUCACAGGUUUGAAAAUAAUUAUAAAAAAAAAAAUCACAGCUUUAAAACUGGAAACUUGACCUUUAGUGACAACACCUCCUCUAAAGCAGCUCCAUGUAUGAGUCUAAAACGACAGAGAACAACACGCCAUCCGCCCACGGUGUGUCGGAGCGGUAACCAUGUGCGGUUCGUCAUAUUCAAAGUGAAGCUGUCUUUCAUUAAAGACGCCUUAGCUGUCCUACCGGUGACAUUUUAGAGGAGCUGGAACACCGUGUGGUCAUGUGACUGAGCAGCGUGAGUGCUUCUUCUCGCUGGACUUUUCUGAACAAACUCUGUGACCAAGAAGUCGGCAGAGUUUCAAUUAAGUCAAAGAAAAUCCCUCAAAACUCACAUAUAAGACCGGCAUGACUGUUUGGAUUUUGGUGAAGGUCCAGUUGAGGAAACACAAACACAUUUCACCGAUCAGAUUCAUGUUUGCAGAUUAAAUGGUUUGGAGCUUAUUCAGGACACAACUCCAGGAAACAGAAGUAGUUUGCUUUGGGGCGCAGUAUCUGCUGCACUCUAACCCUUUGUGUGUCUUUUUUUGUCUCAUUUACACUUUUUUUUUGAGUUGCCUUACAAAGCUGCACGGUCCUUUUAUAAACCAGCCCUCAGAGUCAUUUAUUUACCAUUGUGGCUUUAAUUAUUCUCCGAACCUCAAGGGCUCGAUGAAUAACAGAAGUAGUUUUUAUCUGCUUCAAACACAGACAGCUUUUGUCUGCACAAAUGUCUUUGUUUUUCAGUCCUCCUCUGUGUCUCCUCCCCUUUUAUCGAGUUCAUUUUUAUUCCCGGCUUGUAUUUUAUGCUCUCUGGCUGCUCAUAGUUUCUUUCUUUGUACCUCCCUCGGUAAAUCUAUCUCUGAGCAAACUUCGGUUUGACUCUGAAUGUCCUUUGUUUUGAAACUUUGUGACAUUUUUAUUCCAUUUUAAUGUUAUUGUAAGUUGUCAUGAAUAAUACAAUACAUGCAAAUAUUCCGUUUCCUCUGUGAUUUCUGCAUCGUAACGCUCGUACACUUGAGUUUCUCUUCCUGUGGAUUAAAGUGGGUCACGUACAGCUUGGUAAAUCUGUCGUAUAUUUCACUGGGUUUGACGCUCAUCAAAAGCCAAAUUAACAAUCAGUCAACUGUCUUUAAGACUGAAGCUCCUUUUUGUCAGUCAUGACACAACUGUGAAUGUCAGAGCAGAGAGAAUCUUGUUUUUCUUUGGCCAAACAUGAUUUACAUGAAUCUCUUUUCAAUCAUGUUUUCCAUUUCUCUCUUGUUUUCUUCUGGUGAUGACAGUGACCCCUCCGAACAGCAGCAUCUGUCUGACUCCUCUGAAAAGUUUAGAGUAUGUGACGCACGUCGAAUCAGUGCAGAGAAGAUCUAGAGAGUUUAUGUGAACUUGAAACUCAAAGUCUGCAAAAGAUUAUGUUGAAAUGUGGAUAAAGAGGGUCUUUAAAUUUACUUUAGAGGCCAGUAAUUUAUCAAAGAACUAUCAAGAGGUUUUAUUCGGCUGAUUUAGAGCAGCAGUUUCCAAGUCUGACUCUGAGGUCAGCCUUCGCACUAAAUAUUGAAACUUAAAAAGUAUUAUGUCACAUUACUAUCAGGACCCACUUCAAAACGUGCACUACACUCCUAAAAUUCCCAGAAAUCAAUUAAAUUGACCUUCAGGUUAAAACUCCUGUGCAGCAGGAAAUCCUUGACAAAUUCAUGCAGGCCUGCAGCGAUCAUAUUCUAGACCUUGUCGUAGGGCUGGGCAAUAAACCGAAAAUUUACAGAUACCGAAAUUUAUGACAAUAACCAACAUAAUUUUUGCCCAUAUCGGUAUAUUCAGUGUCAAAAAGAUAAAUAAAUCAAAGUUGUUUUUGGAUGUGUGAAGGUAGGCUAUGGUCUCAUGUCCUACGUCAGAGAUGUGACUCCACCCCAUCCAGUCUGUAACAAAGAGGGAAAGACAGGUGAGGAGAUGGAGGACGGUUCAAAAUUUGUAGCGGCUGAAGUAGACGAAGUUAAUGUGGGAGGGGGUGAGCAGCUUGUGGAGUAGUUAUCAUCCAUUUAUCGUUAUUGAGGUGAACUGAUCAAUAUAUCGUGAUAUUGAUUUGAGGCCAUAUCGUCCAGCCCUAACCUGGUAUGAAACUGCAGGGAUCCUUGCACGUGUUUCUCCUCACCAUAAUGUGACGCUCAUUUGCUCACAUUGAAUUCGUCCGAUUACAAGUUGUAAGACAAAAAACGUCAUCUAAGCUUUGCAGAUCCAUUUCUCAGAUAAAAACAUUUUAAAUUUGACCUCAGCUACAGUAUCUUGUCAUAUUCGGUCAUAUCUUGUAUCUGUUGCAGCUUCAGUUGUUGGAUAGUGAUGGUGAUGUGAUCGGAUUAAUGAUCUGUUUGAGCGUCUGAGUUGCUUUAAAAUUUCAAGACGACUGAAUUUUAUCUUUUAUUGCAAAACAAACAAAUGAUCCCGAUUAAAUUCACUUGUACUUGUUAUCAGUUUAGAUUAUGUUAACCCCCCCAUAAAUAAUCUGACCUGACCACCAUCAGAAACAUGUUUCCUGGCCUGUAAAUGUGAUAUAUCCUUCCUGGUCCAAUAAGAGAUCCCAGAAAAGCUCACUCCUCUUCUUAACGGCCUCAAUAUUUCCCCCCAAGGACGACUUUGGGUGAUGAAGCAGCCUCUUCUUCUACAUCCAAAGUACUUUCUGCAAGAAAACUCCUGAUCGAUCACACGGGCUAAAAUCAAUGAAAAGGAUUUCCGGUUACUGGAAUCCUGAAUUUACACGAUAAGAAAUUACAGAUAAAAUAUCUUUGGCGUUGUCGGUGGUUUCUCUGACCCUGAAGAUGUUUGAGGAAAACAGACUCAGACGUGGCCUACAUCAGCGAGAGCCUGCUGACACUUCAGAUUAGACCAGAGUGAGAGACACGGUUUCCAACAGAAGAGGGGCACCUGAGUCUACCUGUGAAACAAAAACACUCAAGUGGGAUUUUCUUCUUUCUGGAGCAAGAUGGUUAAAUUACCUCGGCUGUUUUUGGCCGCCUGUUAUAAAUAGAUUUAUUAGUAUCUGUUUUGAUGCCUCACACCAGAUAAUUUUGAGUCUGCUGAAAGGCUGUUUGGUCAGAGUGGAUUUUCCAUUAAAACCACAGCAGGGGGAACAUAUAAACACCAGAUUAGAGACCGGGGAGGAAUGAGGAUGUGCUGGACUUUCCAAACAGAGAGAACAUGCCUCAGACCUGACAGACGAGAUAAAUCAGCGGGUUUGUUCAGCAGUCAGAGAACGCAUCCUGUGCCAUGGAGGUUGACGUCCUGAGUUUCACCGCUGUGUUUCAGCUGCAAACAACGUGAAGUUUACUCAAGAGAGAGCGCUGUGGGAAUUUGGUGCUGUCUAGCAGUCUGGAUGUUGUUUGUCAGUGAUGAUAAAACCUUAAUUAAUGAGGCAAAACAAAUCGAAUUUGAUAGUGGUGAAACCUCGGUCAUUUAAAAUCUGUGAUAUUUUCACCAAAAUGUGAGCUGUCUGUUCCUGUAACUGGCUGGAUUGGUGGAUCGGUGCAGAGUAAAUGUUAUAUGUGCAAAAAAGUGAGUUGUGGGUGCAAAUCUUUAAUUUCAUCAUGAGCAAAACGGCUAAAAUGAGUCUGAAACCUGAAGUAGGGCUGGGAAAUAUGGCCUCAAAUCAAUAUCACAAUUUAUUGGUUAGGUUAAUAUAAUCCAAGUUGACGAAGGAUUACAAGUACAAGUGAAUCUAACCCGAGAUAAUUUAUUUGUUUGUUUUGCGAUAAAAAAUUCUUUUGUAUUAAAUCAGUCUAGGGCUCGGCGAUAUGGCCUCAAAUCAAUAUCACAAUAUAUUGAGCAGUAAUAACGUUAAAUGGAUGAUAACUACUCCACAAGCUGCUCACCCCCUCCCACAUUAACUUCGUCUACUUCAGCCGCUACAACUUUUGAACCGUCCUCCAUCUCCUCACCUGUCUUUCCAUCUUUGUUACGGUCUGGAUGGGGUGGAGUCACGUCUCUGAUGUAGGACAGCGUCUUAAAGGGACAUGAGACCAUAGCCUACCUACACACAUCCAAAACCAACUUUGAUUUAUUGGUUUUUGACACUGUAUUUAUCGAUGACAUCGGUUAUUGUCAUAAAUUUCAGUAUCCAUAAAUUUUCGGUUUAUCGCCCAGCCCUAAUCUAAAAGUAUUUUUGUCUAACUGGAAGAUGUUGACUAAGUCUGAAAUAGUUGCUAAAUUAUCGCUGUUAUCCUGGGUGGUAAAACUCUCAGAAGUCCCGUUUGUGGGGAACAUUAACAGUCUCACCUUUUCAGUGUCUGAUUUCCUUUCCGUCUCCUCCUCAGGUCUCAUUGUGGGAUCCUUGAUGCUGUGCUGGCUUCCCAACCAGAUCCGUCGUCUCAUGAUGGCCGCCGUACCCAAAUCCGACUGGACCACCACCUACUUUCAGAGCUACGUCACUCUCCACCCUGUGGCCGACACUUUCUUCUACCUGAGCUCCGUCCUCAACCCGUUCCUCUACAACCUCUCCUCCAGACAAUUCAGGGAGGUUUUUAUGCAGGUGCUGCGGUGCCACCUCACCAUCGAACACAAAAACAAGCGCGCGCUGCACAGCUCCGCCGCCGCCUCUGGGCGCUCCCUGCAGCCCCUAUUAUUAAAGUCAUUACGCCGCAGCAAGGUCAGCCGGCCCACCGUUGUGCAGGAGAAACCCCCUCCCACGUUUACAACCUUUCAGCAGCUGAGUGACUCAGGAGUGGCUUCAAACACGGAAACGUCUGUGGAACUCACCGAAGACUCUGAUUCAACUCUCAAAACGAAAACAGACAGACUGUCAGAGAGUGAAAUAUAA